AUGUCCUCUGGAAUCCUUCCGGCUUACUCAGCUCUCCUUUGUUCAAACUCUAUCGUGCAGCAAUAUUCCGCGCUACUCGUAGUUGGAUUUUAUCAACAUCACGACUCGAUCAGCAUCAGAAUGAGCCGUCGAAAAUCCGCCAAAGCCGAGUCGCCCGCUUUAACCGAGACAGCCCUCAGGGGUCCGCUGAGUCAGCCAAACAACCAGGCGUUUCUCGCGCAAUUACGUAAUAUGCCCGAGUUUGCGCAGUCGUUCCAGAUGGUGCAUCUGUUCAAACGAGCGCUGCAGGUGGCCGAGCCGGUGGAGAUUGAGGUGCUAGAGGAGGAGCUGAUCACGUGCGACUUUGGACGAUUGACGCGCCAGAUCACGUGGGCUCUCAUCAGAGCCCACAUGAGAAUCAAGAAGAAACAGGUAGAUGAUGUGGAGCUGUGGAACAUGGCAAAACGGGUGUGGGAGGGACAUAGAGAGGAGUGGGAGGAGGAACAGGAACGACUUAGAGAUGCCAGCAUCGAUGCGUUCGGUGGUGAGCAAACUGAAUCUUCAGAACCCGCAAAAACCCACACAACCGAUUCGGUCAACGGAAAGGAUGAUUCAGCAGAUCACGAGACGUCACGCGACUUGUCACAUGAUCUGAAGCGCUCGCCGUCGCCUAUUCCGUCUCCUCCAGCGAAACGAACUCGAUCUACACGUUCCCGUGCCAAGGCCGAGGCAGAAGCAGCCCAGGAGGAGCAGGAGAAAAAGACAGCAGCAGCGCCGGCGGGCGGCACCAAGUCACGUGAUAAGUCACGUGUGAAGAAGAAGGAGGAGCCGCCGCAGACGCCCGAGGUGGACGAGGAGGCCGAGCUCGCGGCAGCGGCGGCGUUCUCGCGUGACUUGGAUCAGCGGAAUCAUCUGAGAAAGCUGAUCAUUCCCGAUCUGGAUUUCAACCCCUUUGCAGACUCGCCCACGUUGGUCUCGUCGUUUAGCCGAUUUACCGCGUUCCAAUUGGUCAAAAUCUGGUACCAGCUGAUUCAGUGGAUUUUCGACCAUGAAGACAAGUCACGUGAGCUGGUGGAAACGACUCUUCGGCUCACCGACUACAAGCCAGAAGAGUUGCGAUCGGAGCCGCUGGGAAACGACUCUGGAAACCACGUUUUCUACCUGUUUGGAGACUCGCGUUUGUACAAGCGAGAAGAACGAACCAAUUCGAGCGGAUUUGACGUGCUGGACCUGGAUCUGGACACGUGGUCGUGUGUGUGCGCCACGUGGGAAGACUGGGAAGUGUUCAUGGCAGGGCUCGAAUCACGUGACCAGGAGCUGAAGCAGCAGGUGGGCAAGCACAAGGGCAAGAGCAAGAAGAAGGCGGCAAUCGCUGAUGUGGAGUCGUUGAAAUACGACUCGGAACUGUAUGGGUUCUUCUCACGUGACGUGAUGCCGGUUGUGUCUGAGGUUUUUGUGGAGAAGGCGCGUUCAUCUGCGUCACGUGACAAGGAACGGCUUUUGGAGGCGGCCAUGGCUACGCGUAAGACGUCUUCUCGAAUCCAGGCUCUUCAGGCCAAGAAAGAGGAGCAGGACAAACUCGAGCGCAAGGAGGCAGAGUCACGUGCUGCCCAGAAGAUGGAGCGCAAGCGACUUGAGCGAAUUGAGCUGCAGCGCAAGCAGAUGGAGGAGAGGCAACUGGCUCGAGAGAGGCGGUUUGAAAGGAGGAAUGGGAACCGCGAUUUGAAGAGCGAAGAGUCUGCUGGUGCCGAGUCGCCAGCUGCCGAGUCACGUGACAGGAGACGUCAGCCUCCGCGGCGGGCUGCUGCUGUUGCAGCUGUCACGUGGACGUUUGAUUGUGUCUGCGGAAUUCACGGCGAGAACUACGAGGAUGAUAAAGCCAUGAUUGAGUGCGAAACGUGCAAGACGUGGAUGCACAUUGAGUGUUUGCGGGACCGGCGAAAUGUGGACACGGAGUCGUUUGAAUGCGAUGUUUGUGGGUCUCGUGAGGAACGGGAGGCCCGGGCCCGUGAGAAGGCUCGGGUGGAGGAGGAGAAGGCGGAAAAGAAAAGGCGGGCCGAGGAGGAGAGGGCCAAGGCCGAGGAGGAAAAGGCGAGACUUAAGAAGGAGAAGAAUGCUGCCCGGUGGCAGGAGCGCAAGAAGCGGAUGAAGGAGAAGAAGGAGCAGGAGGCUCGUGAAAGGGAGAGUGAGAGGGAAGGUGAGAAGGCACGUGAGGAGAAACCAGAGGAGAAACCAGCCGAAUCACGUGUAGAAAAGAAUGAUUCUGGUGGCUCAUCUUUUCAGGCCCAUGUUUCACCUCAAUCUGCUCCAAUUCCUCAGCAAUUUGGGUCUCCUCAAGGACACCUUCAACCUCAUUCUCAACCGUUUUCUCAUCAGGGACAAGAAUUCCAGUCACAUGCUCCUCAAUAUGGCCAUCAACAGCCCCCGUUUGGUCAACAACAGUUCCAAGCACAGCCACCAUUCGGUCAACACUUUACCGGAUCAUCUCCAAUGGGCCAACUUACACAUGGCCAUCCUCAACUUGGCCAAGGACAGUUUCAACUGAGUCCAAGUCACGUGAACCAGUCUGUUAACCAUGCAAGUGGUAAUGCGAGUGGUCUGAAUCAUGUGACUAGUCCGAGUCAUGUGACCCAUUCCCCAGUUAUUCAAAAUCCUUUGUCUCAAGUGGCCCAUCAUCCCGCUCAUGUGACUGAUCCUGCUGUGACUUCUCUUCCUCCAGUGACAAAUGCAAACCAAACAAACACCUCUCCUUCAGUGACCAACCCAAUGGCUUCUCCUGCUGUGGCAUCUCCUGCUGUGGCAUCUCCAACGACGGAGAACGGGAACGGUCACGUGACGAGCGGCGUGAACGGUGUAUAG